GCUGGGAGAUCGACUUGUUUCGAAUAUCGGUCGAGUGGAUUCUAUACUUCAGGUGGCACAUACUAAGAAAUUUUCCUGGCUCCACCACUGCAUCUAGCUGCUUAUCCUUGCAAUGACGUUCAGAAUCUUCGUCAUAAGCAUCAUACACCCAGACGGCCAAGUCCUCAACCCCAUCUUUAUUCAAUUCGUCGUUGCUCUCACUACCACGCUCAUGGUGAUCCGAUUUGUGCUGGAUGCUUUGCGUCAUCGGUCAACACGCAACGCCAUGAGAAUGACUCUGAUCGUUAUGGAUGCAGUAACCAAAGCAAUGAUCUUGUACAGUCUUGGGAUCAUGCAACGCCCCUCCGAUAAGGAUUAUUACUACAAGGUGUGGGCUGUGCUGUUGGUCACCCUCCGUUACAGCGUGAAGAUAGGCCGCCCAGCCGGCAUCGCCCUGAAGCAGACCCCGUUGGUGGAUCUGAUGUCCUCCUUCUGGGCUGCCAACAUCCUUCGCUCUAAGGCGCCCAAGAUUCUCAAGGUAACCGGUUGGCUGCUAUGGUCAGUCAACUCUUUACGCAUCAUCCAUGGUUUUGUCUCCUCGGAGUUUGCCAACGAAUGCCACAGAGAAAAUUUGAAGUUAUUAACAGAGUACAUGCGCCAUGAGCAUAAAGCAGGUGCAGGGGGUGAUCUUGACCCUAGCACAAUGCAGGGGUGCCGAUACUUGGUGCGGGGCGAAGCCAAGAAACGGAAGAUGAAGAAACAAGAAACUGGCGGACAGUCAAGAGAUCGUGAUAUGGUAGAGGAAACUGAGAACAUCAGGAGCCUCUUGCUGGCGUUGAGAGAUGAGGACAAGGAGAUCCUAACGCUUGAGAAGAUCUGGGAGGAGAAAGUCCUUGACGAGGAGGUCAAGGACCUCUGCCUCUCCUUUGCACUCUACAAGCUUCUUCGCAGGCGCUUCUUCAACUUCGGCAUUCAUGAGGCCAAGCUGAAAAGGACGAAACGGCUGGUCCUCGAGGGAGUCCUUGGUCAGCCCUGCAACUCUGAAAGGGCGUUCCGUGUCAGCGAGGCCGAGUUGUCUUUCCUCAAUGACUUCUUCAACAGCAAGCAUGCCAUAGUAUUUGCCAAAGGCUUUCCAUUCACGCGGCUCCUGCUAUCCACCAUUCUGAUAGGGGGGAUCGGAGGCAUGGCGGUUGCUAUCUAUAGCUUCUCCAAGGUUGGUACAAGAGACGAGCUCGGCAAUGUUCAUGGCGGAGUAACUUUCACAUGGUUUCUCCUGUCGUUUCUUUUUGUAAAAGAGACAUGGGAGAUCGCAACUUACGUGUUCUCAGACUGGACCAAGAUAAUUUUGUUGUGCCAGUACGUGCAGAAGCCAUGGUGGCUGCGAAGCUCGGUGACCAAGGCUCUUGUGCGGAAGCUCUGUAGGCUCUCUGUGCCCUGGUUGCCAAGAUGGCAUGGAAAGGUUGGCCAAUGCAACCUUCUCUUACCCAUCCGUUUGGUCUUUCCACUCCGGUUUUUCUUUGGAGCAAGACAUUCUAGGUACUUUGUACAUCUGUCCCCGGAAGUGAAGCAUACUUUGAUGAACUGUCUCAGAGACUGCUUGGCCAAUUGUCCCGUGCGGUUGGACAACUACCUUGAGCGGGCAUUCCACAAAAGCAACGCACCUGGCAGUUUUCGUGCAAAUGUCAUGGGAUUGGUAGAUGGAGUGGAGGACUGUGUGCACAUUCUGCUGGUUUGGCAUAUUGCUACAUGCUACUGUGAGAUUCAUCUUCUCGAUAAAACAAGAAAGGUGAAAGUCAGUAUAUUUUCGAGCGGGCAAGACUUCAGCAGGCGCAGACCUUCAGAGGGUGACCCAAAUCUUUGCUGGUCUCCUUACAUGGUAGCUAGGACAUUGUCGCAGUACUGUGCGUAUGUGCUCACACUGGUUCCUCCUCUAGUGCCUGGGAACAGCCUAAUGGCCACCUCGGUGCUGAACAAGGUGCGUGAAGAAAAAAAUCAUCUUUUCCUCCGAAGCACCCGUUGUACAUUGCCCGCCCAUAUUCUUGCAAGGCUCGAAAAAUAUGCAUCAGGGCAGAUACAUUUGUAUGAUGAAGAAAAAGACGACACCAUAUUGAAGAAGGGGGCAGCUCUUGGCAAGAAGCUGACAGAAGCGAUCAGCGAUGACAAGCCGGAAGAUCUGUGGAGAUUCUUGUCGGAGUUCUGGGCUGGAUUCGUUAUCCACAUGGCUGCAACUACAAGGGCUUCUCAGCACAAGAUAGUUCUGAGCUCUGGCGGGGAGCUCAUGACACAUCUCUGGGCGUUGCUAACCCAUGCCGGGAUCCUAGGGGGUGUCCAGCAUGGCGACCAAGACAUUGAUACUGCGCAAACGCAAGGAGACGUUUACGAUGCGACUGCGAUGUUUUAAGUGCUGCACUGCUGUUGCAUGCAUGCGAAAAUGUAUGCAGAUAAGUGGGGUUCGAAAAAUAUGCUUCAGCUGGUGCCUAAGAAGCUAUCUCAGGUGACACGCGAGGUGUUUAGGUUGCAUUGCUAGGCGCUAGGGAUAAGAAUAAUUUGUGAUGGGUGAUAAUCUUCGACUUGCUUCAGGGAUCAAAGCUGGAGGUUGCUUAUGUGUAUUUUAAGUUCAUCAAUAUCCGUAGUUAUUGUUGCUAGUUCCUUUAUAUUGUUAGCUUCUAUGCCUGGUUUCGUUCACUAGAUAUUAGUUUACACUCCUGGGUUAAAAAAGCA